AUGCUGCUUCCAAGCGCACGACGUGACAUUAAAAUGGUUAACGACUUUCUCAUGGAGGCAAGACUAACCGCUACGAUGGAGCACCCGCGAAUUGAUGCUUGCAUUGGUAUUGCAUGGGACUCGCUCUCCGAUCUCUGUGUAGUGCUGGAAUUUAUGGAGGGUGGAGAUUUGCGAUCGUUGUUAGCAAAUUACGAGCAAAAGCAGCGUCCACUCGGAUUUGAUCGCGAGAAGACAGCUAUCGCGCUGCACGUGUGCCAUGCUCUCACAUAUUUGCACUCUCUCGAACCUCCAGUGAUCCAUCGGGACUUGAAGUCGAGAAAUAUUCUGUUGAACGAAAUGCACGAAGCCAAGCUAACAGACUUCGGGAUUUCGCGAGAGCGGCUUGACAAAACAAUGACAGCUGGAGUAGGGACAUCGCUGUGGAUGGCUCCCGAGGUGAUGACAGGUGAAAAAUACGACGAUAAGGCGGAUAUCUUCUUGUUUGCAGUCGUGUUAAGCGAAUUGGACACCCAUAGUCUUCCGUACUCUCAGGCCAAACAAAAGAGGCAAAACUCACAUGGUCCACAAAUGACAGGUCCAACCCUUCUGCAAAGGGUAGCAAUGGGCUACGGUUUCGGUGGAGUUUUCGGAUAUCCGACUAUGCGACCGAGCGCAGCCGAAGCUCUGUUCAAGCUUCAGGUUAUCCUGUCGAAGGAGCUAGUAUAA